AUUCAGUUUGGGAAUAUACGGCGGUAGGAUGCGGAUGUUGACGACCUCGAGACCGGUUUUCACCGUGCUGUUUGCGGUGGGUUGUCUGCUCGCCACCGGCACCACGCUGGUCCGGGCUCACGAUGAGGACACCCUGAGUGUCGCCCUGACCAAGGAGACCUUCCAGUCGGAGAUCGACGGAAGCAACUAUUUCGUCAUGUUCUUUGCUCCGUGGUGCGGUCACUGCAAGAAGCUCGCCCCAACCUGGGCCAAGCUGGCCGAAUCCAAGAACGAAGACAGCACUAUCCAGAUCAAGAUUGGCCGCGUCGACUGUACCACCGAUGGGGACCUGUGCAGCGAACAGGAUGUCACCGGAUAUCCAACGCUCAAGUUCUUCAAGCAGGGAGAAUCGAACGACCAAUCGGUCAAGUACCGCGGUGCUCGCGAUCUGGAUGCAUUCAAUGCCUUCAUCCGCGAACAGCUGGGCCUGGAAGAGGACGAGUCUGAGGAAACGGUAGCCGAACCACCAAAGCCCGUCUCGCCGUUGGUCGAACUGACUGACGAUACCUUCGCCAAGCACAUCUCCAGCGGAAUGCACUUUGUGAAGUUCUUCGCACCGUGGUGCGGCCACUGCACCAAGCUGGCUCCCACCUGGGAAGAACUGGCCAGGAGUCUGGAGCACGACACAUCGGUCCGCAUUUCCAAGAUCGACUGCACCCAGUUCCGACCGAUCUGUACCGACUUCGAAGUCAAGGGCUACCCAACUCUGCUCUGGAUCGAGGAUGGCAAGAAGAUUGAAAAGUACUCCGGCUCCCGGGCGCACGAUGAUCUGAAGGCCUAUGUCGCCAAGAUGGCCGGAGGACUCAAGCUGGACGAAGCGACCGAGAAGGUCGAAGGAACCGAAAAGGACAACACCUCGGCCGUUGUGCAGCUGUCCCAACCGGACUUCCAGCAUGCGAUCGAAAAGGGUGUGACGUUCGUCAAGUUCUACGCUCCAUGGUGUGGCCACUGUAUGCGAUUAGCUCCAACCUGGGAACAGCUGGCAGAGAAGUUUGUCGGUUUGGAUAAUGUCAAGAUUGCCAAGGUGGACUGCACCCUGGAGGUCAACAAGGACUUGUGUGGCGAGCAGGAUGUGAACGGUUUCCCGACCGUUUACAUUUACCGAAACGGCGAGAGGCUGAGCGAGUACAACGGAAAUCGCUCGCUGGAAGAUCUCCACGAUUUCGUCACCCGGCAUUUGACCGAGCACGACGAACUGUAAGCCGAAAGCGGGGGUGUUCUGAUUUCCAUUGUAUUUGGUAGAUGUGUUUUUCUAUGUGCGUGAAAAACAAACCAUUGUGUAAUUCAAUCAUAUCUCGCAUUAAGGGAGAGACGAACAAACAGUAAAAUAUUUGUAGACAAAUCAAUGAAGGAUGGAGGACAAGUUUGAAUAUGAUCUUUGAACAGUAGAAAUCGUUGGACGAUAAUAAAAACUUAAGAAAAGACAAGCCAAACUUAGAACAAA